UUCUGAAAGAUGGGCCUUCCCUGGCUGCCUUUGACUUUGAAGAAAAAUGGAUGCAUUUAUGUCGGGAUGUUUACAGUCUCCUAAGGACUAGUGUUUUAUGGCUGCCCAUGUGAAUACAAGGUCUGCAGAGCUUGUGGUGUGAGUAGAAAGAGCUUAAAAGAGGUUUGUGGGCAUUUUGCAAAAUGAAGGUUUUUGUAGCUUUUGAGGGACUCUGUGAAUCGUUCGACAUUUUUCCCGAGGAUACUGUAAAAGAUGUAAAGCUGAUGAUAAAGGAUUAUUUUCAUGUUCCUCUCUCUGAAGACAAACAAGGCAGGAGAUAUUUGGAGUUGAUAUAUGCAGGAGCGGUACUAAAGGACAGCUGGAUUCUUGCUGAUGUAGGGAUAUCAGUUUCUUCCACAAUUAAAUGUGUUAUUAAGGAAGAAGACAAGCCCGUUCUCUACGUCUACAAUACUGUCACCCAUGAAAAAGUGCCCAUUAUGGGAAAAAUUUAUCUUCUUUCAGCAAAAGUUUCCCAGCUGAAGACCAUGGUGACCUUGAAGUGUGGCUUCCCAAACAGUAUCUAUUGCCUCAGGACUCCAGAGGGCAGGGAGAUGUAUGACUGCAAUAUCUUGAGUGAUUAUCAGUUAGAUAUAGGUACUUCACUUCAUCUGGAUGUUUGGGAUGGAUGGAAAGAAUUCCUCACUGGAUGUCUCUUAGGAAACAAACACAAGGUCCAGCACUAUCUAUCAAAAGAAAAACCAGUAGUCAAUUAUCAAAAGAGGGUAGCCCUUUAUCUGGCAGCCUUUUGUGGACACCUUCAGCUUUCAGCGUGGCUCCUGAAACAGGGUGCAAGACCCACGGAAGCCGUUGGUGUACACCCCUACCGUGAGUGGUGUCAAGACAGCCGCCAUCCAGAUGUAGCGAAGUGUCCAGUUCACGCGGCCGCUGAAGCUGGCCAGCUCAUGAUGCUGAAAGCCUUUGUUAAUUACAGCAUCCUGUGUCUUGAAUGCCAAACCUCUGCAGGGCAAACUCCACUGCAAUUAUGUAUCCAAUAUAAACACAAGGAUUGCGUAUUGUACUUAGUCACCAAGAUGUGGUCUGUGGUUUCUUACCCCAAUUUUUCCCUUCCGGCGAAAAUCUACAUUAAGUUAAAACUGUGGCUUCUUAAGGCUCAAAAUAACAUCUGUAGGAUGAAGCGACGCAACCAGACCGCUGUCUUCAGGACACGAGUUGGAGACAUUGUCCUUGUGGAUGGUUUUACCAAGCCAAAAAUGACUUCAAAAAGCUUUUAUCAAGCCACUGUCAAGAAUUCAGGCAAAAAACAGCUAAAUAAUCUGUUGCAACGUAGGCAAGAGGCAUAUUGCCGGAAGGCUUCAGAAGGGAACCAAAAAGGGCCGAAUCUCAAAUUCCCUCCACUGGGAGAUGCAAACAAGAGUGCAAAGAAACCUCAGCCAAAAAAGAGAAGCAGAAAGAAGUGCGGGUUCCUUUGCAAUGAAGAAAAUAUGGACCAAAAUAUGUGCUUAGCAAGAGUUCCCCUCCCCCCUAUUUCUAUCCUUAAGCCUCCUUACUAUUAUUCCAUUCCUGAUGCAAAGUUUCUGCUAAAUUCUUCUUUGGAGUCAUUCUCAGAACACAGUGGAAGAACUCCGCGGGAGAAUGCAAUCUACUAUUUAGCUCUUGCCAGUGCAUUUAAAGAGAAACCUUGGCUGCAGCAACUGAGCAUCGCAAGAACCCUAGCGAAAAAAAGCAUCAGCAAAUCUGUGUGCUGAAGGAACUCAAUUGGAAAUGACCAUAUCCAGAGGAGGAUCCAUCUAGAAAUGGACAUGAACAUUUGGCCACAUUCAGUUAGGUUGCAGUCCCAAGUACAUGUCUUGAGAGUGAAUCCCAUUGCAUAAACGUGGACUUACUUCUGAGUAGACCUCCUUCAGUGGGCUCCCCCAGUAUCUCUUUCCUUUUCCUCCAUGAAACGACAUCCAGAGAGGAUCAAUAAACAUUAUUAAUAAAAUCAUAUAUUUUCAGCCUGUAAUAUAUGACUCAUGAUGGUGUAUCUGGGGUUUUGUUACUCAGAAAUCUGUGAGUGUUAUGGUUCUAAAGCAAGCUCAUGUUAGUUUAGAAUGCUACUGACAUUAACUUUUGAAUAAUAAUGUAAUCUGUAUCGAGGAGAGUCAUCUUUAUUACAUUUGUACAUAAAGAAUAUUGUUUGUACAGCUUGGUAAAGAGACUGGAUGACUGAAAAAACCAGAGUGAAGCAAAGCCUGAAAAUAAAAAAAAACAGGCUUUUACUCUAUGUGUAACCCCGGUACCUCGAUGGUUUAGCCAAGCCCAGGCUAGAGAAAGAAAAAGGGAGGUUAGCAAAGUCUAUCUUGCUAGAGAGCAGGAUAAACUUUUUUGAGCUCAUCACCUUGUCUAAAGUAAUUGGAAAAUUGUAUAUCUAAAAAGUUAAUUAGUAAAAGAGGAAUUAAAUUUUAUAUAACUAGUAUUACUGUUGUAAUUAGACUGUUAUUGAAGGGCUACGUGUCUUUCAAGCUGCAGAUUAUAGCCUGGUUUCUGUGUUGCUCAAUAUGUUGGAACUGAAAUUCCUUUUGAAAAAAGGAGUGUAUUGAAAGGACCCAGUACUUAUUGGACUGGAGAAGACUUACCACAAAGUUUUUACAAGCAAGAACUAGUUGUUUGAUUGAACUUGUGAGUUUCUGCUCACUGUUAUAUCUAUGUGGCUAACUGUCUAACUUCUGUUGUAUUGUUCUGUCUAGUGGAAGGUUAUGAGUAAAAUAAAUUCUGUUUCCAUCUUGCAA